GCCGAGUGAUGGAGUCUGGCAAGCCCAGCCGGAGUGAUGAUCUCUUGUCGCCCGAGGAGCAAUCGCGCCUGGCGGCGCUAGUCCGCGAGCAUUUCGAUUCAUCGGCGCCGAGGCGAGCGCCAAAGCCUGCGCGGAGCGAGGGAGGAUCGGAUCAGCCUUGGAGCUGCGAUGGAGGGCCGGUGAUCAGUCCCGAGGAGCAGCGCUUGCGGCAGCUACUGGCCGCAUCCGAGCGUCUUCCGAAUGGCAUGGGUGUUCUGAGCAGCGACGAUUAUGCAGAGAACGAGUACUACAAGGGGCUCAACUCUGUUGGCUGCGAUUCUCAACACUACACCACUGGCAAUGGUUUCAUUGCUAUCGAGAAAAAUGGUGGCACUUCUCCUGAAGUUCUUGAUGCUCAUAGGGUGGUAGUGAAUCGCUCCAGACCCUGCUACAAAAGCAAUCCAGCUACAAAUGACUGGGAGCCGAGCCCAGGGAUGGUGUUUACCAAGUCCUUGAAGCCUUCACGAAGCGACCCUUGAUAAGAACAACGCUUUGGUUUAAGAACAUUUGUAAGUUUAUGUCACGUCUUUAUUCGUCUUUUGCUCGCUCGCUUCGGUGCAAAGAUGGAAGUAAAACUCUAUCAGCAUAAA